CCGAGCAGUUUUAAUAAUAAAGAUAAUUUAUUUUACAGACAUGAUGAAAACAUGACGAAGACAAAGUUCAGAGUGUUUGUAAAGAGACCAGUUUAACCAAACUCAGAGAUUAAAGUGAGUUUUGAUCAUAUUCAGAUAGAAAGUGUGAAUGAGUUUAACUUUUAGGGCUGAAAACAGACGAGAAUCUCAGCUGGAAACUACAAAUAAACUUUGUCAGGUCGAAGCUGGCUAAGACACAUAUUAAACCAUAAAACUUAUUAUAUAAUACACUUAUAUUAUCAUAUCGGACUAACUGCAUAGAAGUCUGGGGAAAUACAAACAAAAUAAAUUUAAAACCUAUUUAUGUUAUACAAAAGAGAGAAAUAAGGAUUAUUAACAAGGUCGGAUUCUUCCAUCACACUAAUGAACUGUUCCUGAAAUUAGGAGUAUUAACAUUUGUCGAUCUAGUUGAAUUUAGAUCUGCACAGACAAUGAAUAAAGAUAGUAAAAAUCUACUCCCUAGUAAUAUAAGGAAAAUGUUUCAUGGAAGAGAAGAAGGUAUGAAUGAAAAUUUAAAGUAAACCAAGACACUAAAAAUCACGUGUCUUUCUAUUGUGGGGGUGAAGAUGUUGAACUACUAACCUGAUGAACUUAAAGUAAAACUAAAGCACAGUUUAAAUGUAAAUUAAAUUUUUGUUUGGCCACACUUAUUAUCUUGUAUAUGUUUAUGGUACAAAUGAGAGAUUUGAAGUAUUCUAGGUAAAUAUAUAAAGUGUUUAUUUGUGUGUAUAUAGGUAUAGAUGUAUAUAUUAGGUCUUUGUUUUUAUAUUAAUGAUUAGUUAUAUAUUCAUGUUAGAUUUUGGAGCUUUAGUUACUUUUUGGUAACAUCAGAAACUUCAUAACUUCAACCUGCUCCUUUAUGAUCUCCAAGAAAAAGGGAAUUUCUUCUGUAAAAUUGUCCUGUAUGUUUAUUUGAUCGAAUAAACAAUCUCAAUCUCUCAAACCUGCUUCACAUUUUCAACACGGACUCAAAGAGAGAGACUGAAAAAACAGAAAUUUAGAGAUGAAGCGAUCAUCUCAGACCUCCAUCACACUGAAUAAAAACAUGAACUGAAGACUGUGAGCUUCAGACUCAUCUCUGUUUUCUCUCUCUCUCUGUUUUCUCUCUCUCUGUCUGUUCUAUCUCCCUCUCUCUCUCUCUCUCUCCCUCUGUCUCUCUCUCCCUCUCUCUCUCUCUCUCUCUCUCUCUCUCUCUCUCUCUGUCUGUCUGUCUGUCUGUCUGUCUGUCUCUCUCUCUCUCUCUCUCUCUCUCUCUCUCUCUCUCUUUCUCUCCCUCUCUCUCUCUCCCUCUCUCUCUCUCUCUCUUUGUCUCUCUCUCUCUCUCUCUCUCUCUCUCUCUGUCAUUAUCUCCUGAUCAGGUUAGCGCUCCGCUCUGACUCUCAUCAUCAUAAUCAGCCUCAGUCUAAAAUUAGUCCUGAAAGGCCGAAUCAGCAAACUGCAAUCAGCUCCUGAUUCAGAGGAGGACCUGAUCCAGAACCAGCACGGCUCCAGGAAAACACUCAUCUUCCUCUUUGUGUGGUUCAGAGUCCACCGCCUCAUGACUUCCUGUUUCUGCCCGCGGCGGCGUUCAGCUUACACGCCGUCUGUCUGAACGAAGACGGUCUAUAACGCUCAUCGUCCUCGAUAUCAGGUUUUUAAUUUCCACUGUGAACUUUUCACCAGAGCGGCGGAGGAUUUAAAGAGCUGACGAGGAGGAGAGAGAGGAGGAGAGAGGAAGGAGAGAUGAGGAAGGAGAGAGGAGGAAGGAGAGAGAGGAGGGAGGAAGGAGAGGAGAGAGGAAGGAGGAGGAGGAGGGAGGAAGGAGGAGAGAGGAGGAGAGAGAGGGAGGAGGGAGGAAGGAGAGAGCAGGUGUGUGUGUGAAGAGCAGAGGGACAGAUCUCACGCAGACAGACAGUCAUGUGAUCAUCAGGACAAACAGACGUCUCUCUGAAUCUGAAUGAACUAAAAUCUGAAGUUUCAACAUUUUAAAGGAUUUUUACUGACCACCGACCGUCACACAGGAUGUGUGUGUCUCUCUGUGUAUGUGUGUGUGUGUGUGUGUGUGUGUGUGUGAGUGUGUGAGCGUGUGUGUGUGUGUGUGUGAGUGUGUGUGUGUCUCGGUUAGCUCACUGCUGCUCUUUAAAUCAAUCCAACAGGAUUGCUUAAAAUUCAGGCAGUGCUAUUAGUGCGUCUGUGGCUCCUGUUUCAAAUCCAUUUAAUCCACUUAGGGCCUGAGAGGGAGCGUGUGUGUGUGUGUGUGUGUGUGUGUGUGUGUGUGUGUGUGUGUGUGUGUGUGUGAGUGUGUGUGUGUGUGUGUGUGUGUGUGUGUGUGUGGGGGGGGGUCAAUACUUCAGCCGCCAGUUUGCAUUAAGGAGAGAAAGAGCAGCAUGAGAAAGAGGAGCAGCCUAAUGUACGUCUGACUAAUGAGAACAUGGAGACCAUGAAGGAGGAGGAGGAGGAGGAGGAGGAGGAGGUUAUUAAGAUCUUCUGUUCCUCCAUGACUGAACUGAGAGUUGAACAUCUGCAUGUUCCUCAUGGUUCCUUCAGCUCUUACCUUCACAUGAUAAGGUCAAAUCCUCUGAAGGUCAUGUCUGCUCUCUGAUGAAAUCUACUGUUGUUUGUUGGAUGGAGGUCAGAUCCAUCAUUUUUGAUUGGGGCAGCAGCAGCUCAGGAGUAAGAGCGGUUGUCUAAUAACUGGAAGGUUGACGGUUUGAUUCCCCCCUAUCCCGAGUCUGUCCAUCAGCAGCGAUUUUCACCGUACGCCAAUUCCUACCAGAUCAGUUUGUGAGGCGAAUUUCAUGGUGGAUUACAGACAGCGGGAAUGGCUGGAAAUCUACUUCUAGACUUCUAGAAUCAGCAUCUCCUCAUCCAUGGUGUCAUCAGGGUGAAAUGACGUCUAAAAACCUUUCACUUGUUCGUCUCCGCCCGUUUGCAUGGUGUGAAAUACGAUCCUCCUGAAACACGGAGUGUUUUAUUUUGAAAAGAAGCCGGAUGUUUUAUUUUGUGUCUGUGCCCGACUUCCUUUCCAGCACGGGUUAAUCUGUGCUGAAUUUAUCCGCCAUGCUCCGGCGUCCAGAAAAAAUAGAACUCUUGUGAUCAGCUGAGGAGUCCGGCGAUCCGCAGAGGAACGGAAAGAAGUCGGUGUAAAUUGACACGUUAACUUGAAUGGUUACGAUCAGCUACGAUCGGAGGAUACGACCUUUUAGGAGACGAUCAGGAUGAAGGUGGAGAUUAGGGGUUAGGUAGUUCACUGCCACGUUGUGACUGUGUGAGUGAAUGAAUGAUGGAUCCACUGGAGAGAGCUUUGAGGGUCUCUGAUAAAGAGUUAUAUAAAAUCUAAUGCAUCAUUAUUAUUAUUAUUAUAAUAAUCAUUAUUAUUAUUAUUAUUAGUAGUAGUAUUUCGGAUGUUAAUUCAUUAUGAUGCAGAAAAUGAAAAUUAAAGAGGACAGUAAAUUAGAGACUGAGACAAACUACACUGACUCAACAGGGCGCCCCCUGCUGGACAUUAGAAAACGGAGAACUGCAGCACAUCUGCUUUGUCUUUUGGCCGAACUAAGAGGUCACUUCUUCUUCUUCUUCUCUUUAAAGACACUCUGUGUUCGUAGAAACCAUGAAUAAAUCUUUAGUUUUAGUAAAGACGACCUGCAGCUCUGUCUCAGGUAAAUGAAGUGUGUGUGUCGUUCACUGUAAACACACACACUUCACAGGUAGAUGAAGUGUGUGUGUGUGUCGUUCACUGUAAACACACACAGGUGCAGAAACUGAGCUGCUGUGAAGGUCUGAUCAGCUGCAGAGAGAAGAGACGAGAUUUCAAAGAGGAUUAUUUCACAAAAUGUGCAGUUUUUAAUAUUUCAGAGUACAGAGAGGCUGUAUCACACACUUCACAGGUGAGAGAGUGUGUGUGUGUGUGUGUGUGUGUGUGUGUGUGUGUGUGUGUGUGUGUGUGUGUGUGUGUGUGUGUGUGGGUGGGUGGCAGAGCCUCCAGCAGGCGACAGCGCUGAGUCACAGAGAAUGACCAGAUGGUGUCUCAGAGAGAGAGAGAGAGAGAGAGAGAGAGAGAGAGAGAGAGAGAGAGAGAGAGAGAGAGGGGGGAACAGGAAACAGGGAUGAGGAGGGAGAGAAGGAAAGGGGGAAGGGACUCAGAGGGGGAGGAGGGGGAGGAGAAAAGAGCAGCGGCAGAGAGGAGGGGGGAGGAGGCAGAGAGGAGGAGGCGAGAGAAGGAGAGAGUGUUCUGUAGCUAGCAUUCCUCCAGCCGUGACCGCUCUCUGCAUUUUAAACACCUUCUGUCGCUCACAGUCGACUCUGCAGGACCCGGCAAUUAGCAUCGCUCUCUCUCACACACACACUCACACACACACACACUCACACCUGCACACUCACACGUGCACACUCACACACACACACACAUGAAAAAUGAAUCCUGCCUAUGAAUAUUUAGGUUUGCCUGGCAGACAGAGUCGAGGGCACACUCAGGUUUGAACAGGAGUGGAAACAGUCAGAGAUGAUCCUGAUCCACACACACACACACACACACACACACACACACACACACACACACACACACACACACACACACACACACACACAGGUGUCUGAUGGUUGUGUUACUGUCUCUGUUUUAAAGUCAUGGUAAUUAUUAUAACCCUCGUUUCUAUGGCGAUCAUGGUCCUAUAGUCCUGUCGAGGAAAAGGAUCUGAAAAAAAUCCGAUCACCCUAUCAGGUGCAGGGCUGCAAAAACAUUGACCAAUGGGAGCCAUCUAUACUGGUAUUAGUCUUUGACAUGUCAACACGGUAGCUGAGAGGAGGAGGAACGGAAAGAAGUCGGUAUAAAUUGACACGUUAACUUGAAUGGUUACGAUCAGCUACGAUCGGAGGAUACAACCUUUUAGUAGACGAUCAGGAUGAAGGUGGAGAUAAGGAGGUCAAAGGUCACCAUGGGUUGAUCAGACGAAAGGUUGAGAACCCUAACCCACAUUGUUUUGACCAAUAAGAGCGGAGAGCUCUGCAGGAAGGAGGAAGCUAAUGAACGCUAGAAAUCUGUGAUUAAAGAAGAUUAAAAGAGAAGAAUUAAUUAAUGAGGAAGUGCAGAGGAAGUAACGACUACUGAAUCAGAAAAUAAAUGAACAAUGAGAGUGUGUGUGUGUGUGUGUGUGUGUGUUCUCAGCCUUGUAUAAUCCUCAUGCUAAACGGGCUGAUUGACAGAAGCAGCGGGCCGAGGCGGCGCCGUCUGUUCACGUCUCCUCUAAUUACAAUCAGAGAAAACCAAAAGUGACAGAACUCAUCAGCUGCCUCCUCUGAGCUCUCAGAGAGGCAGACACACGAUCCCGAGGACUCGCCGUAGGGGCGGCGAGGACUCGCUGCGAGCCGGCGAGGACUCUGAUAUCCGAGGGUCGGACAUUAAACUGAAACAGGUUUUUAUCUAAUCUGACUGUUAGUCUGCAGAUAUAUCUGAAGUAUCUCCACAGAGGAAUCAUCAUGAGGUCCAACCUAACUCAUCCUGAUUACUCCGUUGACUGCGUUACCGCUCUGAGAGUAUGGUUAGCGUGUAUUUGUACUUGAUUUAAGAGUAUAGGCCCUCCCUCCCCGCACAGCUGACUUCCUAAACAGCUGUUUUAAAGCGUCUGAUUGGCUCAGUAAACACGAUCAGUGUAACCACGAGGAGGACAGCUGCCACAUUAGACGCUGUGAAUCAAAUCCUGUUUUUACAUGAUGUUUCCAAUCACUGAGACAAAUAACAUCCAGACUCUGAUGGUUUCAGACAACAGGAAGCAGACGCUCAGAGGGACGAGGAGCAGACGAUCGCUCAGGAGAAAAGACUGAAGAGGUCAGUCUGUCUGUGAUUAUCAGACUACAUCUGAAACCCCUGAUGAAUGCAGACCUGCUCAUGGUUUCUGUGAAAGAAGUGAGGGAGGAAGAGACUUCUACUAUCAGACCGUCAUCUCAGAGGAACAAUCAACCAGUGAGGACCAAGAACACAAACACCAAACAUCUACGAGAGUGAGACAUCAGGGAGGCUUUAAGGUGGAGCUGAAACACUAACAGGGUUAGACUCAGACUAACUAAUAUAGACUGUUAUAGACUGUUAUAGACUGAUAUAGACUUUUACAGACUGUUAUAGACUGUUAUAGACUAAUAAAGACUGCUAUAGACUUAUAUAAACUAAGACUGUUAUAGAUCAAUAUAGACAGUUAUAGACUGUUGUAGACUCAGACUGUUAUAGACUUAGGCUGUUAUAGACUGUUGUAGACUAAUAUAGACUGUUAUAGACUAACAUAGACUAAGACUGUUAUAGAUCAAUAUAGACAGUUAUAGACAGUUAUAGACCUAGACUGUUAUAGAAUGUUAUAGACUCAGACUGUCAUAGACUGUUAUAGACUCAUAAUGUUAUAGACUGUUAUAGACUCAGACUGUUAUAGACUGUUAUAGACUUUUGCAGACUGUUAUAGACAGUUAUAGACCUAGACUGUUAUAGACUGUUAUAGAACUAGACUGUUAUAGACUGUUAAAGACAGUUAUAGACUUUUAUAGACUGUUAUAGACUGUUAAAGACAGUUAUAGACUUUUACAGACUGUUAUAGACCUAGACGUUUAUAGACCUAGACUGUGAGAGAUCUAGACUGUUGUGGACUGUUAUGGACUUUUACAGACUGUUAUAGACAGUUAUAGACUGUUUUAGACCUAGACUGUUAUAGACUGUUAUAGACCUAGACAGUUAUAGACCUAGACUCUUUUAGACUGUUAUAGAUCUAGACUGUUAUAGACUGUUAUCGAUCUAGUGUGUUAUAGACUGUUACAGACUCAGACUGUUGUAGACUUUGAAUUAGGACAGUCUUUACAGUAAUAUUCUAUUUUUUUUUUACAUUCUUUAGCAGGACUUCAUUUUUCACUCUCAGGUUUCUUUUCUCCUGACGGACACGAGACUAAACAGCAGGUCAGAUUUUCCACCUUAAACCACCUGAAAAAUGACUCCAAACUCAGCAACAUUCAGAUUAC